AUGGGAGUAAUUCAGAGAACCGUGGCUAUCGGAAUACUGUUGUUGGGGUUUGCUACGUCACAGACAACAAAAAAAACCCCAGAGAUAUAUUACCUCCAAGUGACGUCAGAAAUCGACUUCCGGUUUGCUAAGACUGUGGUAACCAGUAAAGUUGUCAAUAAGGAACCAGUUGCUAGUGAAGCUGUGUUCGAUCUUACACUUCCAAACGAGGCUUUCAUCACUGCAUUCAAAUUGACAAUAAAUGGCUCAGAAAUUCAUGGAAAAGUAAAAGAAAAAGGGAAGGCCAAGCAGGAAUUUGAGGCUGCGAAAGCAAAGGGGCAGAGUGCAGGUCAUAUUGUAGCCAAACCUAGAGAAACAAACAAGUUUCAAAUCCAAGUCAAUGUGGCGGCCCAAGAAAAAGUGACGUUCGAGUUAACAUACCGGGAACUUCUCAGACGAACUAAAGGCCUAUACAACCAUGUUAUUUACAUCAAUCCCGGACGAGUGGUUGACGAUUUGAAAAUCAAUGUCCUAAUCAAGGAGUCAAGGAACAUCACAACUAUCAAGAUCCCACCAAUAAGAAGUGAUCUUCUUACAGAAGGUCCUGAAGGUACAAAUGAGCUUGCUGUAGUUGAUCGCAUUAAUUCAACGAAAGUCUUUAUUUCAUACGAGCCAUCCAGAGCUGAACAAGAGUCUGGGGUCUCUGGCCAGUUUAUUGUCCAGUAUGAUGUGGACAGAAGUGACAAUGCAGGGGAUAUUUUGGUAAUGGAUGGUUAUUUUGUGCAUUUCCUGGCACCCAAAGGAAUUGCACCGAUGCCAAUGGAUAUUCUGUUCGUGCUGGAUAAGAGUGGCUCAAUGAUUGGAACUAAAAUGAGACAGCUUCAGGAAUCCAUGCUGAAGAUGUUAGAUGACGUCAAGGCAGAAGACAGAAUUAUGAUCAUUGCAUUUGACUUUUCUUUGUUGUACUGGAAACCCGAAUUUGUUCAAGCAACAGCUGGAAACAUAACUGAUGCAAAAGAUUAUAUAAGACAAACUGACGCCAGUGGAGGUACCAAUAUAGAUCUUUCAUUAAGGGAAGGAUUGAGAAAUCUAAUCCAAACAACUGGUGAGAACGGUCGGGCACCGGUCUUGGUUUUCCUAACUGACGGAAAGGCCACGGUAGGCGAAACAAACACAGACCGCAUCUUAGAGAAUGUUAAGAAAGCAAAUGAAGCAGAACUACCCAUUUUUAGCCUUGCUUUUGGAAGAGGGGCAGACUUCAACAUUGUUAAAAAAAUCGCGGCAAAAAAUAAUGGAUUUGCAAGAAAAAUCUAUGAAGACGCCGAUGCUGCUCUCCAGAUAGUAGAAUUUUACAAGGAGAUUUCAACCGUUUUAAUGAAAAAUGUCUCAUUCAACUAUGUUAAUGGAACAUUGUAUGACAGUACAGUAACCGACACAAAAUUUAACACUUACUUCAAAGGAUCUGAAAUGGUUGUUGCAGGAAAGGUAAAAGAUUUAAACAAAUUACAAUCAGGUAUGGUUGUUAAUGGGACCGGAAGUGAAAACCAGGAAGUAGUCCUUCGUGUGCCUCCAAUGUGGUGCACCAUUCUACCAUGGCCACUUCCACCAUUUCCAUUUCCGACGCCUUCGCCACCAGUCACUACUAGAAAUCCUGGUAUGAUGGAGAAACUAUGGGCGUAUUUGACCAUAAAACAGCUACUGGAGGAGAAAGAAGCACUUGAUUCUACGACAGAAAUUAAGAAACUAGAGGAUAAAAUUGUACAACUUUCUCUGAAAUAUCAGUUUGUGACACCAUUAACUUCCAUGGUGGUUACUCUGCCGGAUCAGACGAAGGCAAACCCCAGCGAGGUGAAUCCAGCAGAAUCAGAGCUUGCAGACUCUGUUCAACAAGGCACUGGUCCCCUAGCAUUUCAUUCGCCUGUAUUCAAUGCGGUCAAAGUAAUCACAUCAAGGGUUAAAGUCCCUAAAGUGUUGCAGUUUCCACGCAUCUCAAUAUUUCCUCCAAGGAUUAUGUUUACAACCACCACCACCACCACUUUUGUUUCACCUAAACCCACCACCACCUCAACUGCUUUUCCUCCCAAUACUACAGAGACAGGCACUAUUCCUCCCAAUACUACAGAGACAGGCACUCUUCCUCCCAAUACUACAGAGACAGGCACUCUUCCUCCCAAUACUACAGAGACAAGCACCCUUCCUUCUUUUACCAAAAAGACAACCACUCUUCCCCCUUUUACCAUUGAGACAACCACCACCGGCCCGUCAUCACCCUCUAUAGCCAAAGCAAGGAUACAAGAGAAAUCUCAGGUUCCAUCUUUCGGGAUUGCAAUACCUGGACUAAAGAAACCUCUUUGCUUUGAUUUACCGAUGGCGUCUGACUCGAUUUACACUUUAAUAAAAUUAACAUCAACUGGAAGAGAUUAUCGUAUAAGCGGUCGAUUUGGGACAGAGAUGAUCAAUAAUAUCACAGUUAGUGAUGGCAAGGACAUGACCUUUAACGCUAAUCCGGAGGACAUCUCCAAGACACCUGUGUACCAGACAAGUAUAGAUGGCACAACAGUUUCAGUCAGAAACACACCACUUGGAUUCCAGUUCAUUUCAGAAUUCAAUGAAACAAAGACCAAUUUAGAAGGAAUUUUAUCUAUCUUCAAGGACUACAGUGGUAAACUUGUUGCUAUGGUUAUGGAGUCUGGUGAGUUUGUCACAUACUUCGAUUUGAAACAGACAACUGGACACCGUAUUUCUUUGAAAGCAAUAACUAAAGAAUUUGGUGAUGGGAUUUGUUGGUACCUGGACAAUGAGACCAUUAAGAAGUUUUAUACUAAGGUUUCUCAAUUUUUAGUUACAAUACCGUGAAAGUGUAUGUCUCUCUGAUGUAUUUAUCUUAGAAUUGAUUACAAUUAUAUAUAAUAAAACAAACAAACAUU